AUGGCAAAAACUAGCUCCAAGCAAAAUGAAAAUUUUCACUUCAAUGCUUCCAAUGUAAGUAGCAACAUUUUAGGCUCUAGUUGGGUGAAUCUCUAUUCUACAAUAGAAAAGGUAACCUUUUCAAAAGAGGAUUUCCAAAAUGCAAUGCUAAAUGUUAUAAGAGAGCCAAAUAUUAAUUCUACCGUUGUUCUUAGAGCAGAUAUCCUAAACGAAAUAACUUAUAGUCCUUCAGAUGGGGAAGAAAUUGAACAUAUCACUCAGGAUUUAGAUAAAUUGCCAAUUCCUGAUAAGGAUGCAGUUCAAAUUAACUUGAACGAUAUUACACCAAGAGUUGAUCUAUUUAAUGAUAGUGACGAAAAAAAUUUUGAAAAGAAACAUGAUAUCUUCAUUUGGAAACAAAUUGUUAGAAGAGUUAUACCAAGAAAUGUUUUCAAAGAUGCCAUUAUAAAUCAAACAUGUUUACUUUUGAACUCAAAGAAUCCUACUUUCAAGGAAACCUCUCUAGUGAUAUAUACACCCCAUUUAAAUAACCCUGAUGAUUGCCCAUUUUACUUACCAAAAGUGAAGAGUGUGGGCAUUCUUCUACAUGAAUCAAUAUUAUCUGUACACUAUUUGCCAUUUAGUGAUGAAACUGUUACUAAGGAGAACUCAAUCCCUCCAGUUCUUCUAGAUGAGAAUGACCGUAUGGUAAGAACUGCCUAUAGAUUAUUACAAACUGCAAAUAAACAUUCUAAUGGUGUGAUGCAAGGAUAUGAGAAAAGAGUUACGCAUGAUCAAAUUAUAUCAAAAGUUGUUUUUCAAAAUAGAUAUGUUCAAUUGAAAAAGAAAUAUUCCAAAUUUUUAGUAGAUAGUUGGGUAGAAUCAACUGAUCCAAAAAAACAUGUAUUUGAAGACAUUUCAAUCGCUGCAUUUCUGAUAGAAUUAUGGAUUAAAAUUUAUGGAACAAAUUUUAGAGAAAAAAUGCAGUUUAGAGAUUUGGGAUGUGGGAAUGGUGUCUUAGUAUAUAUCUUAAUUUCUGAAGGUGUAAAUGGUGUUGGUACUGAUGCUCGACGCCGGAAAUCUUGGUCUAUAUAUCCAUCGAAUGUACAAGCAUCAUUAACUGAACAAGUCAUUGUACCUGCCUUAUUAUUACGGCCAUAUCCUACUUUACAUCAAAUGUAUCCUAAUAUUGACUACAAUUCGAAUGUUUUCCCAGUAAAGCUGGGAAAUUCUGAAGAGUCUACUCCAGAUGUUCCUCAAAAGGCAAUCUUAUAUUCAAGUAAGGACCUACUUGAUUCACCACGAGUUUGUACAACUGAAUUUCCCCCAAAUACUUUUAUUAUUGGUAAUCAUUCUGAUGAACUAACUUGUUGGAUCCCACUUUUGGGCUACCCAUUUAUGGUAAUUCCUUGUUGUUCUCAUGGGUUCUCUGGACAAAGAGUUCGUUAUAGAGUUAAAAAGAAUAAAUCUGACAUCCAGAAAACUCCAAGUCCUGCCAACCAGAAUAAUAAUAAUAAAGGAAAUAGUAGUUAUGCAGGCUUAGUCAGUGAGGUUGAAGAUAUAUCUAACAAAGUAGGUUGGCAAGCUCGAUUAGAACUAUUAAGAAUUCCAAGUACUAGAAAUGCUGCAAUUGUUGCCUAUGAGAAUAAAAAUGCUUUAGCAAGUUUUCCAACACAAGAAGUUUAUGAAGUUAUUCAAAACGGUGGUGGUGCUGGAGGUUGGAUAGAAAAUACUAUGAACUUAAUGAAGAAGAAGCCAAGAGGACAUUGA